AUGGAGGAUCAGGUUCUGAAAAAUCUAGCUAGAUCUCCUGAUGAGGUGGAGAUAAAGAGCAUUGUGUUUAAAAUGGGUAGAUUUAAAGCACCUGGUCCAGAUGGGCUUAAUGCUGCCUUUUUUCAAUCUCAGUGGCAUCUUGUUGGCAAAUCGGUUUGUGAGCUAAUCAGAAGUAUCUUUGAUGAUCCUAGGAAGAUUCAACUGGUUAACCAAACUCACUUGUGCUUAAUUCCAAAGGUUGAUAAUCCUGAGUGCGUGAGGGAUUUUAAACCCAUUAGUUUAUGCAAUGUGUCUUACAAGAUAGUCACUAAGGUGAUUGCUAAUAGAUUAAGAAACUUGAUGCCCAGAUGGGUUGCUCCAAACCAGUGUUCGUUUGUUAAGGGGAGGCAUAGUGCUGAUAAUAUAAUGGUUGCUCAAGAAAUCAUCCAUUUAAUGAAGAAGAAGAAAGGUAAUCAAGGAUGGAUGAUGAUCAAAGUUGACCUUGAGAAAGCCUAUGACAGGCUGAGUUGGUCCUUUAUACAUGAUACCCUGUCUGAACUGGGUUUGCCUGGCAAACUGAUUUCCCUCAUUGACAGUUGUGUUGGGACUAGUGAGCUAAACAUGCUAUGGAAUGAAAGGCUUGCUCACCUUAUUCAAGUAGCUGCUGAUGUUAAAGCCUGGAAGCCAAUUAUCCUGAGGAAGGGAGGUCCUCCUAUAUCUCAUUUAUUUUUUGCCGAUGAUAUCAUUCUCUGUGCUGAAGCUGCUUUGGAUCAGGCUCAUAUAAUUAAUCAAGUUCUUAGAUUAUUUGCUGUGAGUUCUGGGCAGAAAAUUAAUCUUGAGAAGACUAGAGUAUUCUUUUCAAGGAAUGUCAAGUUUGGUAGAGCCAAGGAGAUUAGUGACUGUUUAGGGAUAAACAGCACACCUAACCUGGGAAAGUACUUGGGAGUGUUUCUGAACCACUCCAGAGUCAGUAAAAAUUCUUUUGAGCAUAUUCUGGAGAGAGUCAAACAGAGAAUGAAUGCUUGGAGUGUCAAAUCCUUAUCUCUAGCUGGGAGACUCAAGUUGGCCAAAUCAGUGUUGUUUGCCAUGCCUACCUAUGCUAUGCAAACAGCCUGGCUGCCCAAAUCGGUUUGUGAGGAGAUAGAAAAGCACACCCGUGGAUUUAUAUGGGGAUCAUCAAAAGAAAGAAGAGGUACUCACCUGGUGAAGUGGGAGAGAAUGUGUUCUAAUAGACAGUGUGGAGGAGUUGGGCUGAGAGAGCUAAGAACCUUUAACCAAGCCUUUAUUAUGAAGGUUGGGUUUGGGAUGCUGGCCAACAAGAAUUCUCUGGGAGCCAGAAUACUGAGAAAUAAGUACAAGCUGGAGGAUUGCCUUCUGCCUAAUAUUCCUAGGAAUGAUAAUGCUAGUAAUCUGUGGAGGGGCAUAAGUUCAUCUUGGAAUCAUAUCCUGGCAGGAACCAGAAUUAUGUUGGGUAAUGGUAAGCAAACUAGAUUCUGGUUGGAUUGGUGGGUGCCUGAGGUUGGUAAGCUGGAAGGUUGGAAGGUUGCUUGUUGUGUUAACCAAGAUGGUGAGUGGGAUUGGGGUAAAUUCAAUAUAUUCCUCCCUAAGGAGGUUUGUGAAGCCAUAGCCAAGAUGGAGAGUCCUAAGGAGGGAGAUGAGGAGGAUAAGAUUUUCUGGAAGCCUUCUAGUAAUGGUUUAUUUACUGUGAAAUCUGCCUACCAGUUCAUCAAGAAGGAUGCUCCUGCUAUGCAGCAUCAGGAUAGCCAUUGGGACCUUGCUUGGAAGUGGAAGGGACCAGAGAGGCUUCAAUUUAACUUGGGUAGAGGGAAGAAUAAUAAUCAUGACCAGAGUUGGAGGCUUACUUUUGGAGUGACUUGUUGGAUGCUUUGGCAAGCUAGGAAUAACAUGGUGUUUAGAAAUGAGAACUGCUCUCCUGAGAAUCUAUGUCAGAAGAUAAAGAUUUUUGUGCAGAAUGUAAUUCAUGCUGACUCUGUUCUGGAUGCUGCAGCUGUUAGUGUGGUUAUUAAGGAGGUGGAUAUGGUACUGUGGAGGCCUCCACAAAAGGGUUGGAUAAAGAUCAAUUCAGAUGGGAAAAUUGGGCAAGGAAAUGCCUUGAAGGCUGAAUUAUGGGGUUUGCUAUUAGGUCUUCAAGUGGCUUGGGAGCAUGGUUUCAGGAAAGUUCAUCUGGAAGGUGAUUCCUCUGAGGCUAUUCAUUUGGUUCAAGGUGAUUGUCCUUCAGAUCAUCCUUUCUGUGAACUGGUUCAUAGAAUCAAGGAGCUCAUUGACAAGCAGUGGAAUGUUGUUUUAGUUUCUGCUACCGCUGCCAAUUAUAUUGCUCAAAUGAAUAUGCUUCCAAUGCUUAAUGGAGCAAAUUUCAAGCUAUGGAAAGAGAAUGUGGAAAUUGUUCUCGGCCGCAUGGAUCUCGACAAUGCGCUAAGGACUAAGAAACCCACUUCCACUCAGGAAAAUCCAAACACAGAUAAAAUUGAGAAGUGGGAACGCUCAAAUCGCAUGUGUCUAAUGAUCAUGAAACGUUCCGUUCCGGAGGCGUUUAGGGGCUCGAUUGUUGAGACUACUGAUGCCAAGUUGUUUCUGAAGGAACUCGAGCAAUACUUUGCUCGAAAUGAAAAGGCUGAAAUUGGUCAAACCUUUUCCAAACUCAUAAACAUGAGCUGCAAAUAUGAAGAGUUGAUUGAAGAUGCAAAUAGAAACCGAAAAGACAAACAAUCUGGAAUGCUCGUGUUCAAACUAAAGCACUAA